GGAGGCCACAGAGUGUCCCAGAAUGUCCUGCCCUGCUCACUGCUCACCCUCACUCCCCACUGCCUCCAGCAGAGGCCAGAGGCACAGGGAGGGAGAGCAGGAGGAGAUGAUCGAGAGUAGAGCUUCCCAGCUGGACUGUCAGAGCCACAGACAUGAGAGCUGCUCUCUGCUGGGAUGAGUGCCAGGCUGGAAGCUGAGAGUGCACAAAGCUCCUCCAAAGGAAGAGAAUCACCCAUAUCAAGAGGCAGCAGAUGUCCAACAGCAGCUCCAUCAGCCACUUCCUCCUCCUGCCAUUCCCAGGCACACAGCAGCUGCAGCUCCUGCACUUCUGCCUCUCCCUGGCCACCUACCUGGCUGCCCUCCUGGGCAACAGCCUCAUCAUCACCACCAUCGCCUGGCACCACCACCUGCACACCCCCAUGUACUUCUUCCUCCUCAACCUCGCCCUCCUUGAUCUUGGCUUAAUCUCCACCACUGUUCCUAAAUCUAUGGCCAGCUCUUUCUGGGGCACCAGGGACAUCUCCUAUGCAGGUUGUGCUGCUCAGGUCUUCUUUGUGUUAUUCUUUAUUGACACAGAGUUUUUUCUCCUCACCAUCAUGGCCUACGACCGCUACGUUGCCAUCUGCAGGCCCCUGCACUAUGGCACCCUCCUGGGCAGCAGAGCUUGUGCCCACAUGGCAGCAGCUGCCUGGGCCUGUGGCUUUCUCAGUGCUCUGCUGCACACAGCCAAUACAUUUUCCCUGCCCCUCUGCCAGGGCAAUGCUGUGCACCAGUUCUUCUGUGAGAUCCCCCAGAUCCUCAAGCUCUCCUGCUCCACAGCCUACCUCAGGGAACUUUGGCUCAUUGUGGUCAGUGUCUGUGUAUUCUUUGCCUGUUUUGUGUUCAUUGUGGUGUCCUAUGUGCAGAUCUUCAGGGCAGUGCUGAGGAUGCCCUCUGAGCAGGGACGCCACAAAGCCUUUGCCACCUGCCUCCCUCACCUGGCUGUGCUCUCUCUAUGUCUCAGCACUGGCAUCGUUGCCUACUUGAAGCCCCCAUCCAUGUCCUCCCCAUCCUCAAACCUGGUUGUGUCAGUUUUGUACUCAGUGGUGCCUCCAGCAGUGAACCCUCUCAUCUACAGCCUGAGGAACCAGGAGCUGAAGGCUGCCCUGAGCAAACUGCUCCCUGGAUGCUGUCAGAAGCAAUAA